ACUGGUUGUCCUGCUGGUCUAUAACUAAGCUUCUACUAGUUUCCCUCAUAAUGUGAUCAUAGCGCUUUGCAAUAGAAGAUUAAGCUCUUAUAUGCGUAGAAUUCUAUCUUCGGUAAGUUGUCAGCUCAAUUUCUUACGGUUCAGAGGUCUCGUUAGAUACAACUUGAGAUUCAUCUAUUCUAUCGUUGAAACUUUCCGCGUGCCAGGACGCAUGAGGGCAAGUAAUUUGAGCGCUAUAGAAGUCGACAUUGCUCGGAUACAAUGAAGGUUUUAUUGAAUAGACGACGUCUUACCGGUGACGAAAUAUUCAGACUAAUCUGUAAGCUGCUAGUCGCGAGUCUCUGAUGCGAUAAUACUCGACUAAUGCAAAACACGACAUUGAAGCAUUAAUCUAGGAAGCUUUAUGCGAUUUUGAUAGGAUAGUUUCUGAAUUUAUUGAGCAGCGUCGUAGGGACUUUCAACAAGUAAGUUUGGUUCUGACCUCCAAGUCCCGCAUGAAGCUUCCUCGCGAUUGACGGCCGAUUGGCUGUGGGACAAAGAAGCCUUAAGGCAUCAACAAAUACGAGUGUAGUCGUUGUUAUUGGGCUUGAUAACCUGUAAUGACGUAGUGAGGAUCAUGUUUAAGGCUAAUUACCACUUCAUAAACUACGAGGAAAGCCAGUGUCAUUUGGACAACAUUGCCGCAAUGGUGUGCGAUUCUUGGUCGGACAGAGACGCCAGGCUUAUACUCGCGGAAUGAAACAGGCACUCGAAAAAUGAGAUUAAAUUGCAGCGAUUGAUAGUAUCGGAUCGGUCAUUUUAAAAUUUUCAUGUCGAAGAAGCGAUGUGGUCCCGUAGAGGCGAUGCAACAACGACAUCAUCUGCCGGGACGAACGAACAACUUAUUUACGUACUUCCUUUGCACUUAAGAAACUUUGGUCCCAUUAGUCGAAAAGGUAAGCAACUGACUCAUUUGGUCGAUUCGAAACACCAGCAAAGUCGUGCCAGGGAUAGUACUGCAGCAAGUUGGAUGAUUUGAGCUUAGACUUGAAAAAAAUCAAAACGAGACUUUUAAGCUGAGCUAGACAUGUUCCAGUCGAAAGGAAUCGUGUUUUCCUUCAUGAGCUAUUUCUCUUCUUUAGCAGUGACACUCUCCGGAAAUUGAUGUUGAGAUUGGUACAUCGAAAUGAGCUGUUUUUUUAACCAAAGCAACGGCAGUUUUUAACUAUGCGCUGCUCAAGCCUUUAGAUUAGACUUUGAAGUAGUUGAGAGGUAACGGUCAACAUAUUUACUUGACAGACUAAGCGUCUUGAGAAAAAUUUAAGGUAACAAAUGCGUGAUACGAUUUUUCAUAUUGAAUCGUAUCAUCGUGUCGUACCAGCUAUCCGAAGCUGAGCUAACGCUAUGCUGCCCAGAGCAAGAUAAUUUGAUUACUAUGCAAAAGUGGUCGCUUUCGAGGCACUGAAAGCGUUCUUUUUGUCUAAAACCUAGUA